AAUAUUCAACGUCACAUCCGCUGAGAAAUCAUUCAUAAGAGACAACUUCCUUUUCUUCCCAUCUUUCGUUCGACAACAGUGUUGGAGGAAGUAUUAAACAAUGGCGGACGCAGCUCCAGCCGGUGGUCGUGGCGGUUUCCGUGGUGGAUUCGGUGGUGGUAGUAGAGGAGGUGGCCGAGGGGGCCCCAGAGGUCGUGGACGUGGACGCGGUAGAGGCCGUGGUCGCGGAAAGGAAGACCAGAAGGAAUGGGUGCCUGUAACUAAGCUAGGACGGUUGGUAAAAGAUGGUAAGAUCCGCUCUUUGGAGGAGAUCUACCUGUUUUCUUUGCCAAUCAAGGAGUAUGAAAUCAUCGAUUUCUUCAUUGGGUCAGAACUGAAUGAUGAGGUUUUGAAGAUCAUGCCUGUUCAGAAACAGACUCGUGCUGGUCAACGUACUCGUUUCAAGGCUUUCGUAGCUAUUGGUGAUAGCAAAGGUCACAUUGGUUUGGGAGUGAAGUGCAGCAAAGAAGUUGCUACUGCUAUCCGUGGAGCAAUCAUCUUAGCCAAGCUUUCCGUCGUACCAGUCCGUAGAGGUUACUGGGGUAACAAAAUCGGUCAACCCCACACAGUGCCUUGCAAAGUCACUGGAAAAUGCGGGUCUGUAACUGUACGUCUCAUCCCAGCUCCCCGUGGUACUGGUAUCGUUUCUGCUCCUGUUCCCAAGAAACUACUGCAGAUGGCAGGUAUCGAAGACUGCUAUACAUCAGCCAAGGGCUCCACCGGUACGCUGGGUAAUUUCGCCAAGGCAACUUAUGCAGCAAUUGCAAAGACUUACGCAUACUUAACGCCAGAUUUGUGGAAGGAGAUGCCUCUUACCAAGACACCCUACCAGGAGUUUGCAGAUUACCUGUACAAAAAUCACCGCAAUGAAUCUGCCGCAGCACGUACUGAAACUGCUUAGAUCGUGUUUAACAGCAAUGUAAUAAAAACAUUUAAAUAUAUAUACUCUAGUUUUAUUUU